CAGAGGUUUAGAUACUGUACUGUCAUUACGAUUGCCCACAGACUCAACACUAUCAUCGACUCCGACAAAGUGAUGGUGUUAGACGCGGGACAAGUGGUUGAGUACGACAUUCCCCACAAAUUAUUGGACACAAGCGAUGGUCUGUUCAGCAAAUUAGUCAAACAAUCGGGAAAAGACAUAUCUAUUAAAUUGAAACAAAUGGCAAAACAAUACUAUUGUCACAAAAAUAGUAUUAAUUUGAAUGAGAAAAAUAACGAAAAUGACGAUGAAAUUGGACAGCGAUUAUAA